AUGAGCGCGCCCGCCACCGGCCAGCCGCCGGUCGACGCUGGCGGCGGCCGCAUCGGGUUGGGCAGGGAGCUGGGGCACCCGCCGAGGGACGGCGUCUCCAGCCUCCGCUUCUCGAAGCACAGCAACCGCCUCCUCGUCUCCUCAUGGGAGAAGGCGGUGCGGCUCCUGGACGUCGAUGCCACCAACGCGCUGGUGGGCGCGUUCGCGCACAAGACGCCCGUGCUGGACUGCUGCUUCCACGAUAACGACUCCUCGGCGUUCAGCGCCUCGAGCGACCACGUCGUGCGGAGCUCAAUUGUUGACCUGUAUGUUUCGGAUCUGUUUUGUUGUACUACAUGCAGGCUGUCCUUUAGUGCCAAAAGUAGUUAUCGCUUGGGAACCCACGAUGGUCCAGUUCGCUGUGUGGAGUACUCCUAUACCACAGGUCAAGUAAUCACUGGAAGCUGGGAUAGGACUAUAAAGUGUUGGGAUCAAAGAGGUGCGACUGGGCCAGAAUAUACACUUAUUGGGACACACACCCAACCUGAACGUGUAUACGCACUUUCAUUAGCAGGACAUAAGUUGGUUGUUGCAACAGCAGGAGAGCAUGUGAAUGUUUAUGAUUUGCGCAAUAUGUCUGAGCCUCAGCAAAGGAAGUCUUAUCUGAAUUCUCAAACACGCUGUGUUGAGUGUUACCCAAAUAAAACUGGAUUUGCUUUGGGUAGUACAGACGGACGAGUUGCAAUGGACUUCUUUGACCAAUCUGAGUCUAGUCUCGAAAAGAGGUAUGGUUUCAAGUGCCAUCGAUUGACCGAGGGCAGAGUGAGGGUUGCAUAUCCUGUUAAUGCAAUUGCAUUCCACUCAGUGCACGGAACGUUUGCCACGGGCGGAUGUGAUGGAUUUGUGUGCACUUGGGAUGGAGAAAACAAAAAGAGAUUGUUUCAGUCCCCCAGGUACCCAACCAGCAUUGCUGCUCUGUCUUUCAGCAAGGAUAACAAUCUGCUCGCUGUUGCAUCCAGUUACACUUACGAAAGGGGAAAAAUAGAGAAUGAACCUGGUACUAAGAUCUUUAUCCGCGAUGUCAACGAAGUGGAAGUAAAGCCGAGGCACUGAGGAGUGAGGUGCGCUUUCUUCGACAGGUUGCUUGUUCCCGCUUUAGUUCAGAGGCUCACUGGGGUAUGGGACAUACGCACUUAGUUUUAGCUGAAACUGUGGGUUCGUUCUAAUACUCGAUACAAACCUGGGGUUUUACAGUAGUACAGUUUUGCCAUCACUUGAUGGUAUAGACCACGUAUAGUGGCGGUCCAAUUGUACAGACAUUCCAAAGAUAGCUCCCAUUUGCACCGAAAGUUGCAAUCUCUCGAACAAAGUUGUAAAUCCGUCGUCAACUGGUUUC